CCUUGCGCUUCAUGAUGAGAUGCUGAGUUGAUAACUUGACCAGAGGCGAUUAAUUGACCGAAUCACGUGAGCAUCAGUCUCCGUUCUAGCAACCAGUCAUUUCCCUUCUGCACUACAAUGUUGUAGAGAGCAAUGUUCCGUGAUGCUGAAAGAAUUGUUGUCGGUUGUUUCUGCAGUGUGGAAAUGUUGUUAGUGAUGGCCCGCCGCCGCCGCCCGGAAGCUCCGCGGACAGUCCGAGCCGACCCAUCAAGCUUCAUACAUGCUAUCACAACACCAUGAACCAUGUCCCCGGAGGCUCCGGGGGUUACAAUAUGUAUCCCCUUGUCACUGUAUGCAGAUGGUAUAUAUGCGCUCAGAGGCUCUGCUUCAACCAUGUCCCUUCAACCCAAAAUAACAUUGAGCCUCAACAGACACUAUCUUCAGCUUCAACUUGUCAAACCUAACUAGCAACCAUGGCUCACCCUAACGAUGCUCCUUCCACCAAACCACCCUCCGAAUACACACCCAUCGCAAUAAUGACCCUCCUCGGCUCAUUCUGCGGCAUGUUCUGCACCGUCGGCUUCGUAAACUCCUUCGGCCUCUUCCUCGAGUACUACAAAAAAGACCAACUCUCCAACCAACCCGAAUCAACCAUUGCAUGGAUAGCCUCCAUUGACAUCUUCUUCAUCUUCGGGGUGUCAGUCGUAUCUGGCCCUCUACUCGACACUCUCGGGCCACGACUCCUCCUCUGCAUCGGCUCCCUCGGCACCAUCUUCUCCAUAAUGAUGACCUCCCUCUGCAAACAACUCUACCAAUUCAUUCUCGCCCAAGGCAUCCUCCUCGGCAUCUCCCUAUCCCUACUCACCUGUCCCAUGAUCGCCCUCGUCGGCCAACACAUCAAGAUCAAGCGCGGCGCAGCAGUCGGCAUCGUGAUCGGGGGAUCCUCCCUCGGCGGCGUCCUCUGGCCGAUCAUCGUUAACGAAUUGCUCAAGAAACCCAACAUCGGGUUCGGAUGGACCAUGCGCAUCGUGGGAUUCAUCAUGUUGCCGCUACUCACAGUGACGUGUUUCUGCUGUAGGCCUGCUGCACCUCCAUCACCAUCUCAACAAUCGCAGGUGCAGCCAGAACCAGAAUCAGAAAAACCCACCCCCUCCCCAAAAGAAUCAGAAUCAGAAUCAGAUACAUCCCCCCUCCUCAAAAACCCAACCCUCCACCUAACCUGCCUCUCCUUCUUCAUCAUCUACUUCGGGAUGUUCUCGCCCUUCUUCUACGUCUCCAGCUACGGCGUCGCGAAGGGCUUUUCCUCCUCGUUAUCAUUCUAUACGAUCUCAAUGCUGAACGGCGCGUCGCUGUUCGGGAGGAUCAUCGGGGGCAUACUAGCUGACAAGUACGGACGGUUUAAUGUCUGUAUUGUGUUUACGAUUCUCUCCGGGGUGGUUUGUCUUUGUUGGACGAAGGCCACGAGUGUAGCGGGGUUGGUGGUGUUUGCGGUGGCGUAUGGGUUUGCUUCGGGGGCUAUCCUUUCCCUCCAACAGGCAUGUGCAUUGCAGCUUGCUACGCCGAAGACGGUGGGGUUGGCGGUGGGGGUUGUUAUGGGGGCUACGGCUUUGAGUGCUAUGGCUGGGAUACCUAUCUCUGGGGCAUUGGUGCAGAAGUAUGGGUUCCUUGCGCUGUCGGUAUACGCCGGGAUUUGCUUCCAUGUUUAG